AUGUGUUCUGAAAAUGGAGAUUUCUCUGUGAGUGUGACGAAUGAAGAGGUGGUGGCAGCAGUGUUACCAAUGCAGGAACAUUGGCUUCCACUCUCUAACCUUGACCUGCUUCUACCUCCAUUGGAUGUAGGAGUAUUCUUUUGCUACAAGAACCCUAUUAUCACAUCCACAACCAUGGAAGAUAGUGCCACCAACAAAAUCAGCUUUGGAACCAUGGUGGAGUCUUUGAAGAAGGCCUUGGCUCAAACCCUAAUCUCUUAUUAUGUCUUUGCAGGUGAAGUGAUCCUCAACAGCAUGGGUGAACCUGAAGUUCUCUGUAACAAUCGUGGUGUUGAUUUUCUUGAAGCUCAGGCAGAUGUUGAACUCAAGAACCUCAACUUUUACAAUCCAGACCAAUCUAUUGAAGGCAAGUUUGUUCCAAAGAAGAAAAAAGGUGGUAUAAUUGCUAUCCAGGCAACUUCACUGAAGUGUGGAGGAAUAAUAGUGGCAUGCACAUUUGACCAUCGCAUAGCAGAUGCAUAUUCAACAAACAUGUUUCUUGUGUCAUGGGCUGCCAUGGCCCAUCCCACCACCGCCAUUCCUGCCGCCACUUCUUGUCAUCCAUGUUUUCGUCGCUCUCUCCUCAACCCUCGUCGUCUAGGUUUCAUUCGCCCUUCUCAGCACCACAUGUACACCUCCAUCUCCGACCUUCCUCCCGCUUCCGUCACGUACGCUAACGCUCUCCUCAGUCGAAUAUAUUACAUCACGGAAGAACAACUCUGCCACAUGCAGUCCCACGCCGUCACGCGCACUAAGCUGGAAUGUUUCUCGGCUUUCUUAUGGAAGAUGGUUGCAUGUGUAGCUUCAAGAAACACAGAUAGUAAAAAGAUUACUAUAAAAAUGGGCAUUGUUGUUGAUGGAAGGAAGAGACUGGGCAAUGGUAACAAAGAGAGUGAAGUGGUGAUGAUGGAGUGUUACUUUGGGAACGUGCUUUCCAUACCCUUUGGAGGGAAACUAGUUGAGGAGUUGGUGAAGGAGCCGUUAGGGUAUGUGGUGGAGGCUGUUCACGAGUUUUUGUCUAUCGCCACAAAGGAGCACUUCUUAGGACUAAUUGAUUGGGUGGAGGCUCAGAGGCCGAUUCCUGGAGUGUCCAGAAUUUAUUGUAAUCGUGCCGACGAGGGACCAGCCUUUGUAGUGUCGUCCGGUCAGAGGUUUCCAGAGAAGAAGGUGGAUUUUGGGUGGGGGAAAGCGGUGUUUGCAUCGUACCAUUUUCCUUGGGGUGGUGAAACUGGUUAUGUUAUGCCAAUGCCAAGUCCUUUGGGGAAUGGUGAUUGGGUUGUGUACAUGCACCUUGCAAAGAGGCACUUAGACAUCAUAGAGAUUGAAGCUGCUCAUGUGUUUAAGCCCUUGACUUGGGACUACCUUAACCAAUAA